AUGGCCGUUUUGCUCACGUCCUCAUUAGGCGUGAUCAUAACGCUUGUUGCGGCGCGAUUAUGGUUAUUGUUGAACGUACUGCUUGGGGUAUGUGUUGAGCGGUUGCUUGAACAGGGCUCCAACGGUCCGGAAGAAGUUCUGCUGGUCGAUGUGAGACUAUCAAGUAAUCCACUCACUCCAGAACAAAUGCAACGAGCCCAGCUAGUAGAAGGGGCGGUCACUCUCAUCAAGUCUGGUGGCGACCGAAAUCUAGAAACUGGUUGGAAACUCCUCAAGCACCUAUAUACUCUUCGGAACAGUCUCGGUUCUCACCGCAAGGAAGCUGCACUUUUCCUCGGAACAGCAGUCUUGUGUCUCUCAUAUUUUGUCUCCGUGACAAUCGGCGGUGUGUUCAGUGCCUACAUCGUCCUUGAUAGCCAUGGUCUUUGCAAGUCCACCAAUUGUGGCCACUGGUUUCCAGCAGAUGUUUGGUCCGGUGAUCCAACUGAUGGCAAUGUGGCAGUUGCGCAAGUCGCCAUCCACAACGCCAAAGAGGAGGGAGCUGCCUCUCAUGUUGCGAGAUGCUAUAGGGGUGCUGGCUCGGUGGAUGGAUGCGAUAAUCUCUUGUCGAAGAGCAUUGCCUAUAAUGUUAGCAUGAGUAAAUGCCCCUUGCCUGGCAAUGUUUGUGCCCACGAAGAUCUUGCCCUUAGUCUCGAUACCGGAUGGCAAGAUGCAAGAGUUCUUGGUAUCAGUUCUCCCCAAAAGUUAAUAUUCCGACGCCGCACCACUUGUGCCCCGUUGGUUACCAACGAGACAUACGUCAAACCCUUUGGAGGACCUAAUGGUAGAUUGACUAUUCGAUACUACUAUGGGCCUGCGAUUGGUCAGAAUUACACAUUCGAGACACCCAUGAAUGACUUGAACACUAGGCCAUACAUGGGUACGUACAUUGUCAAGCCACGAGUAUGCUGGCGUGUUGGGGAUGCGCAUCAUGACAACAUUGCGCUACAAAACACGACGCACACCCUCAACUCCCCAGGAGCUCGUUUGCUGUACAGCGUGCUGGGUUCUUUUGGAAGAAUCGUUGAAGGCAUCGGUGUGCGUCAGGCUAGAGCACUUCAAGCUCAGACAUUCGUGAUUCCAAAUACCAAUUUAGCCGUGCAGAAUGGAGAGUGGAAGUCGGAGGUUGAGAGUUUCUUCCAGAUGUCACUCGCGAUGCUUCAGAAUGGAGUGGUUGACAUUGCAAAUGGUGCUUUUCAUGAUAGCCCAGGCGCGGUGAACCUUUUCGAACGAGCCGGCUACACCAGGUCUCAAUGGGCACCCAUGUGUGACAUGGUACUGGUACAGGCACCCGGAUUCAAAAGUGUCAGUUUGGUGGCCUUGGUCUUCGUCCUGAUCAUGGCAGCCUUCAUCACGAUUGCAAGCAUCGAGAUUCGGGGCGAGUUAAUUAUCGUCCGUUACAUCGCUCUCUUCCUUAUCUUCAUAUGGACUUUCCUGUGGUGGAUUGUGAAGAGUGUCGCCUCUUUUGUGUGGAACAGAUUAAAGAGUUCCUUCAAUUUUCUUUGUGAAAAACGAAGAGACAUUGCGAAGGCGCUCCUUGCAGGAUUGAAAGCAAUCGCAAAAUUUGUACUGUCGUCCCUGAUCAAACUCAUUGGCUUUGCAUACGAACUAGCGGACAAGAUCAUUGAAUAUCAGAGAGCCCAUAGCUCAGCACGGCCACAAUUAAACCACGAGCCUUCAGACGGGGUCACUUGA